GGGUUGGGCCAGAGCGACCCGUCAUCCCGCCGAUCUUCCUGAUCACAGACGAAUAGCAUCCUCGCGGCAUACCGUGGCGAUCGGCCAAGCGUCUCUCGGCCCUGCAGUCCCGCUUGUUUAUUCGCCCAGCCGCAUCGAUCGAGUGGAUCUGUUUCCGCGCCCUGUCUCGUCAUUCCAACCAGGCCGACCCUGCCGUCCUGAUAGUCACCCAGCCCGCUUGCCCAGAGACAAUUCAGCAUGGCCAAGACAACCUUCCUUCGAGAUCUCGAGGCAUUCCACAAGCGCAACGGCGCCCCACUCUCAGCAACACCGACAUUGGGCGGCAAGCCUCUCGAUCUGGAGCAUCUCUUCAACUCGGUCGUUGCUCUCGGCGGUUAUGAGAAGGUCGUGGCAGACCGGUCGUGGUCCAAGAUCGUCGACUCUCUCGAUCUCUCGCAGAGCAGCAUCAAUUGGACUCAUGCUGUAAAGCAGAUAUACCAAAAAUACCUCCGGGAAUACGAACAGAAGCGACCGGAGCCGUCUGUCGACGACAGCCAUGCCGCUGCGGACCCGACCGCCAGCCCCGAACCCGUCGUUCUCACAAAGAAGCAACGAGGCGAAGUGCUCCGGAACGAGAUGCUCAAGCGGAAUCGAGCCAUCGAUGCUCUGCAACGGACCCCGCCAACUCGGGUGGUCAUGGUGCCCGUUGCCGUGCCACCUAGCAAGAUUGCCCUCAACAUGGGCGCUAGCAUGAGCCGAUACAAGCCCUCGAUCCUCGAGACCAGCGACGAAAAGUAUCUCAACGGCAGCCCCCAGAACAGAGUGUUGCUGGCGCUCGAGUCGGGGCUGCCCAACGAAGUCGACUGGGCCUUCAACAUCCUGAUACGAGCCUCAAGCCACUGCAAUCCAGCUUUCCAUGUUGCGUCGAUCCAUCAUAUUCUCGAUGCUGUCCUUGGCUUUUCGCUGCCGUUCCUGGAGACUUUGGUGCUCAACACAGUGGCCGAUAACUUUGAGACGACUCAGAAGGAUCUGUUUCCUGUCUACGGCGAAGGCGGCCGAUCCGUCUCGCUACUGGGCAAGUUUCCGAUGCUGACCGACAUCACCCUGUUUGAAACCGAGGAGAUCAGUCUCAACACCGAGCGUUUUCUGCAGGUCCUCCACAUCAUCCGCAACUUUGGCUGCCUCGAUCAAAACGGCCGCUUCUUCUCAACCCAUCACACGGUCCUGACCAUGAUUGCCAAGAUCCUCGCGCUGUCGUCCGUCAGUGUCUUUGUGCAGAUCAAGGCGUACGGACUCGAGAUAUUCGAGUGCAUCGCACCGCACUAUAUGCUCCGGGGCAAGCACGAUUUCUAUCUGGCAUGCCUCCGCAAGAUGAUCUUUGACAACGACCGAUGCUUUGUCUUGGGUGCGAUUCGGUCGCUGACGAGCCUCUCGAUGCAGGAGGCCAACGUCGCCGUCAUCAACCAGAUCGACGAGACUGUGACAACGCGCAUGAUUACGCUCCUGCUGCUCCGAGACGAGGACGAGCUGAUCGAGUCGAUCCUGGAGUACAUGUACCAGCUGACGAACCGCAGCGCGCAAUCGUGCAUUCGCAUCGCCAACUGUGGCGGCACGGGUCUGGUCAAGAGCCUCAUCCGGCUGAUUGAGUGGAAGGCUCCCAAGUUUGCUGCUGCAUCGACUGGAUCCACGCUGCCGACUCUGGCCGCGACUGCCUUGGCAGCAGUCGGUGCGAAUGCAGCGUAUCCCCACUACCACUCAGCGGGCGCCGCUGCGAUGAACGCUGUUGCGUCAGCCUCGAAUGGCUAUCCGGUCGGCGACAUUGGCCAUGCUGUGCCGCCCGGUGCUCAGCCUGGCCGCUUGAAUCCUGCGGGACAGCAUGCACUGCCGCUGCUGAUUCGGGCGGCGGUCGAUCCCGUUGCGGCCUGGCUCCAACUGCGCUGCGAGCCCAAGCCUGGCCGACUCGUGUCGGUGGCAGCCCUCCACCACGCCUAUGCCCUCGAUUGCCACCACUACCAGCUGCCCCAGCAUCCCAUCGACGAGCUUCUCAAGCAUAUCAAGGUCGUCUUUCCCCAGUCCGAGUUUACUUCCACCCUCGGAGUGGGUCUCAACGAUAUGCAGAUUCGCGGGAUCCAGAUCAAGUCGUUGCCGAUGGACACAUCAGCUGCCGUCGCCGCCGCCGCCGCCGCCGCCGCCGCCGCUGCCGCCGCUGCCUCUUCUACUGCUUCUGCUACGACAACGCCGAUGUCCAUAAAGCGCUCCCGCGGUCGACCAAGAAAGGAACCGUUUGCCCCCGAAAUGUCCCUCCAACCCCAUGCGGGGCGAUCGGGGACCGACCCUCAUCACGAAAACGAGAACUUUGAAGACGACGACGACGAAGGCGAUGGUGAGGAUGGUUAUGAAGACGAUGAGGACGACGAAGAUGACGACGACGAUGAUGACUACAUCGAUGGCCAGGAUGAAUCGAUGGCCAAGCGGGCACGUCCUCACCACAUGAAGCCGGCGCUGACCAAGACCCCAAGCAGAGAUCUUCGGUCCGCCAUAGUUGGUCCGGUGACCUCGACUGUCGGCGCUUCGCUGUCCAACCUGGCAUCGCUUAUUCCUAGCGCCGGAGGUGCACCAGUGCCAGUGCCAGCACCGCUAUCAGCUGCGGCAGCAGCGGCGGCGGCGGCGGUGUUGGCAUCGACAUCGAUGUCGACUCUGGGAUCAGCAGCGAUGCUCAACUACACGCAGCACCUGUCGGCUCAGAUGCAUCAAAGCGCUACCUCUGCUGCCACGACCGAAUCGCCGACCCCAGCAUCGGCCGGUCCUGCUAUCGAUACCGACAACGCCUCUGAUCCUACAGCGGCGAUUGCUGCGCCGACAACCCAUUCAACAUCCAUUGUCACUGAUUCUGGAUCGAAAGCAACAGCAGUGUCCUCAGAUCCAGCCCAGGGAGCAGUCAACGAACAGGAGGACUCGGACGAACAGAAAGACUCGGACGAACAGAUGGAUGAUGCCCAGCCCUUGUCGGUGCCAUCCUCGACAACCGCCGAGCAUGUGUGCUGGUGGGGCGCUUCGGGUGCACCACAACCCCAAUGUCCAGCAAACUACGCCAGUCUCGAGGAGCUUAUCAAACACAUCCGCGACGAGCACAUUGGCAGCGAUAUGGAUGUGGAUGGAAGCUCAGCAGAGCAUGCUUGCCGGUGGAAGCACUGCACCGUGUCCAAGCGCACGCUACAGGCGCUCAAGGCACACCUGACAACGCAUCUGGUUGCAUCCAAGUCGGCGGAAGCAAAAGAGUCUCAAGGCAAGGACGAUUCGGGCACGGACAAGUCUGAGCCGUCGCGGGGACAACCUAGCAUCGCAACGACCCAGGCGCAGCCCUCCAGAAAGCCGCUCAGCGCUGCUCACGGAACGAUGGCACAGUCUUCCUAUCACCACUCGCCACAGACACAUGGGGCGCCUCUCUAUGCCCAUGUGCCACAGCACGGCCCGAACGCCAGCGCCAAUGGCAACGUCAAUGCCGGAGGUGGAGCUGUCGGCCGACAGGCUAGCGAUGGAAGCGGUUACGCCGUGGAGCUCGUCGGUAUCCCGCUAACUGCCCUUCUGGUUCUCCGCAACAUUGCGCGCGAGCCCGCAUGCCACGGCCUGUUCACGGGCCUCAGCUGCGAGGGCUCUCUGCUGGACAGCCUGGUCAAGAACCCAAAUGUGAUGGGCCGGUUUGUGGCUGACGUUCUGUCACAGCCUGCGUUUUUUUACGAGUAGAGGCAAGAAGGAAGGAUGCAAGCAAGCAAGCAAGCAAGGAUGGAAGGGGUGGUGGAAGCAUGGGCAUGUGCCGGCAUUUCUGAGCCAGGGGCUUGGAAUUAUCAAGGUGGACGAAGCGAAGCAGAGCGGAUUGCUUCAACAGCCAACGACGGCUUUCAUUCUGGAUCGUGAAUAUACAUAUGUUUACAGUGUUCCCGAA